AUGGAGAAGAGAUCCUUUGAGUUUUUCUUGUUGCUGCUUAUUAUCUUGGCUUCUGAAGUGAUGGUGGUGCCAACAGAAGCAAGGCUUUGUGAGUCACAAAGCCAUUUGUUUCAUGGAACAUGCAUAAGUAGCCGCAACCGCGCUUCUGUGUGCAGGAAUGAAGGUUUUUUGGGUGGCAGAUGCAAAACUCAAAGAGUGCUUCGACGCUGUUUUUGUACCAAGAAUUGUUAA